GAAGAAGGCAAAAAACAAUUUCAACUGAUACAACAGAACUCAGAAAUGCCGAAAUAUGGAAUUUGUUGGAAGAAUGCUAUGUUUAGUAUUAAGAGUGGAUGUAAACAGUUGAGUGAUGAAGUGCAAAGCUUUUUGGCACUGUCUUAUCUGAAUUGUUUCUUGGCACUACAGGGCAGAAAUACUUAUGAUUGUGAAAAAGGUGAACCUAUCAAAUCAUGCACAUCCAACAUGGCUGAUGCUGAUCGAAGCUCGUUCACAACCAUGUUUACUCAUACACAAAAUAUCUGCUAUUUUUUACAAGCCCAAAUAUGGCAUGAAGAAAUGGAUUUGACUAUUGACAGAUUAGCAAAUAGCUCAUCACAUGUUGGCCAACAACUAGAAGAAUCAUUUCGAAUGCAACUAGACAUGAUCCAGCAUCAGAAUGAAAGUUUAAAAAAUCAAAAAAAAAUCAUCAACCAAGCUCUAGAUUUAAGAGUUCUAAUCAAUGAUGUGUUUGACCGAGUUUCGAAGUUACAGUCCCUGGUUCUUGGAGAGUUUUCAGGAUUUUAUUCCAUUAUUUAUUACAUGUUUUCAAUUAUAUUGUGUUAUUUAUUAACUUCAACGCCUAGAACUAGUGGUGCCAGAUUUUGGUUAUUUGCUGUAAUGACUGUUAAUAUGUUGUUGGAACAGACUCUA